GCUGGGUGUGGAGAGACCGGAAGUUUCAUUACAGCGAAACUCGUUAGAAAAAUUUAAACUCUCUUUGUUUUCAGUAAUUCAGUAAAACAACAUGUCAGUUUACUGGUGUGAAUAUCUAACGUUGAACCGGAGUUAGGAGCUCUCUCUCUCUCUCUCUCUCUCUGUUUUUCUUUUGGUUUUCAACAGGUGAUAUUGCAGAACGCGCUGCAAAAGGACUCUUCUGUGUGAAAUGACAGAGUAUAAACUGGUGGUGGUGGGAGCUGGUGGUGUGGGUAAAAGCGCCCUGACAAUCCAGCUGAUUCAGAACCACUUUGUAGAUGAAUAUGAUCCAACCAUUGAGGACUCAUACAGAAAGCAGGUGGUGAUUGACGGCGAGACGUGUUUGUUGGACAUCCUGGACACAGCUGGACAGGAGGAGUACAGUGCCAUGCGGGACCAGUACAUGAGGACAGGAGAGGGCUUCCUCUGCGUCUUUGCCAUCAACAACAGCAAGUCCUUCGCAGACAUCCACCUGUACAGAGAACAGAUCAAGCGGGUGAAGGACGCAGACGAUGUCCCGAUGGUGCUGGUGGGGAAUAAGUGUGACUUGCCGACGCGGACGGUGGACACAAAGCAGGCUCAGGAACUCGCCAGGAGUUACGGGAUCGAGUUCGUGGAGACGUCGGCAAAGACGAGACAGGGCGUGGAGGACGCAUUCUACACUCUGGUGCGGGAGAUCCAGCAGUACCGCAUGAAGAAGCUGAACAGCAGCGAGGACCGCAAGCAGGGCUGCAUGGGGGUGUCCUGCACCGUGAUGUGAGCGUGGCUCGGUGCCUCCUGCCUCGCCCCCUCCUCGCUGGCCCAGCCCUGGGGGGAGUGUGGCUGCUCGCUGGUUUGGACGGAACACUUUGAAGUAGAAGACCGACGUUGCCCUUGAUGAUUUUGUUGUUGAUUUUACUGUUGUUGUUUGCUGGAGAGGCAGGGCCUCACGUGGCAGCUGCUCCUGACUUUCCCUUCCCUUUCCUGUGGACCCCAGCGGCCUGCCUGCCUGCACGGUGGACUGACCAGACAAGCAAGCCAGACUGGGAUAGCAAUCAUCAGGGGCUCGGCAUUGCUGUGACACCACCCCCCCACCCCCGCUGCCUUCACCGUGCAAGUACUGGAGUGGAUUCAGUUCUAUAGAAUACAUUCACUAGAUUCCCUUUUUUUUUUUUUUUUUUUUUUUUUAACAACAGUGUUCAAGGCAUUCCGAGUCACUCAAAGUCAUAAGUUUGUGCUUGUGAGGACUCUGCAAUGACUCCCACAUAGUAUAGAUUACCCUAUUCUGUACUCCAGAGGGACUGUACACAUGAGAGCUGGGGCUGAAGUAAAUACUCCUGCUUUUGAAAGUUUUUUUUAAAGUUUGAAAUAUUUUUUUGAAGUAGUACAGGGAUGUGGUUUAUGUCUUCAUACGGUUCUUUUUUUUAUUUUUGUUUUUUUAUAACUGUUCAGCACUAUAAACACACACACACACACAAAACACAAAGAUUGUCAGCAAUCGCAUUUAAAAAAUCGAACUCAAAGGGUGGUACCUGAUCUUGGGUUUCGUUUCCCGUCGACAGCAGUACCUGUGCCCUCCAGAUUCCUCUUGAGUACCCACUUCCAGUUUGAAUGUCUUCACACGAAUGCUUUUGUUAUUUUAAUCUGUUGAUUUAGCUGUGAGCCUCCAGGACUGGCUCAGACCGCUCUUGAUCUGGCGUAGAAGUUCGAAAGUGUCUGGAGACACAAGGGGAAACCCGUGCAACGCUCUUCAAACUGACCCAGGGUCCGAGAGGGCCGUGUGUUUUUUGUUUUAGCCGUUAACCUAAUAAGACCUACGUGUGUAGUGAAGUUAGUGUUUAUUAUAUAAACUUUUAAACAGAUCAGCUCUCAAGAUGCAACAUCUCGAUUUGACAGACUGCCUGUAGGCGGUCUGACUAAAUUCUGGAAGGGCGCGAGUUAUUUUUACAGUGCAGAUUAAGAUUAAAUAUUCAGACAGUGGUUUAAACAAAGCCUGGAGCCGCUGCUUGGAGAGGUUACAGUAAUAAUUCAGAGGAAGGUUUAGGGAGAGAGGACCACACCUCUCGCAGUCUAAACUCCUCUAGCAAUGCAAACCCAGCCCAUGCACUGAUCCUCUCAACCCUGCAGGCACAGUGCCUUGUGUCAAACGCUUUCCAUUAGGUUGGUCGGAAUACAAAACUGUUUUUUUUUCGGUUUUUUUUGUACUGAUUCUGAAAGUAAAGCACUUUCAAACUGAGUUGAUUAAUGUUUUUUAUUACAGUCCUAGAGUACCACUUUUAUACAGAGCCCUCUGGCCGAUGCCCUGGCUGUGGGGGUGGCAAGCUAUACUGCUGUUUUUAGUGGUAUGAAGUGAAGAUUGAAAUUCGUUCCUUACUAAUGGUUCACUUAUGGGUUGCUGAAAUGACUUAAGGGCUGUGAAAUAGGACAGGGAAGCACAUGCAAAGGCUGUGUGUAGCCGCUCCAGUGAGCACGGUUUAUUAAAGGAUCCGCUGUGCCUGUCUGAAGUGUUUUCAGGUCACAGCUGCCUGUGUCUGGAAGAGGCUUGGAUGGCUUGAUAUCCGAGAGGCUGUAAGGACUGCCAGCAAGAGCCUGAACACAUUGACCUUUGACGCGUAAUUUUACACUUUGAAAAAAAAAAAAACUAAAAACUGUCUGUAGCCUCUAGGUGCCUUUUAAUUAUACCGCCAGCCUGCUGGCACUGCAGGGUGGCAUCCUUGACGGAAGGCUCUCGUAGUUCGUGUUCGCAUUACACACAGUGCGAGCUGUUAGAGUGGGCACUGAAAGCAGGGGGCAGAUGGUCUUGUUCUGAAGAAGAUUUUGUGCCACGUGAGUCUGGUGUUUUAGACUCGCCCUGCGUUAUCUUUCUCUGAGCAGCCACUGCACUGGAACUUUUAUUAUUUCAUCGUGUGUGUCGCUGCGGUUCAAGAUUUUGCACAUUAAAAACAAAACAAAAAAACAAAAACAGGGCAUUAUGUUAAUUUUGGAAAUAUUUAUGAACCAAUAAGAAAGUGACUGGUUGAAACAUUUCACCCAAUCCCAAGGUGCAGGGGUUACCUGCUCCCAUCAUUCGCUGGCCAUUGAAAAAGCGCUUGGAUCAUCUUCCACGCAAUUGUCUGGCUGUUGAGAAGAACCUCCCACCAAUGGCAGGUGUGCUUUUGUUAGGGGAGUGGGAAAGGGGAUGUUGAAAUCCUGGGUGAUGGGUGGAGAGGAGGAUUUUCUUCACUGUGGGAAAAAUAAAUAAAUCAAUCAGUACCUGAAUUUGAACUUUCUUUUCCCCUGUACUGGAUCGACCUGGUCAUGCGAGUGCCUGUUUAAAUACAGAGCAAGCUGUGUACUUGAGAGAUUUACCUACAGAUCCAGAAGCCAAGGGAGCAGUAAUAUUUAAACUUAAACAAAUCUCCCAAUGAUAUAUUCUUUCAGCUGGAUGGCUUUGCAGUUUUGUCAAUACUUUUGAAUUGUGGUGCAGGAGCGGUCAGGGAUGGGUCGAUUCCACAAGCACCUCUGCAGGGGGAACACACUCUGCAGACGAGACCUCGCGCUGCGGACGCUGCUUUUGUUGUUUGUUGAACCACAGUAACCAAAUACCACUGCUCUUGUAGGGCUGGUUGUGUGUUGAGUAUUUCAAGUCUCAUAUCUACACUCUGAACUGGAGGUUCGUUUCAAAACCCUUCAAACACAUUUCAAGGGGGCUGUGUCCUGCAUUGUGUUAAAAACGCCUGCUGUAAUUCAAGGGUCUUUUUUGCAAGGGCUACAGUCUGUUUUGGAAAACUUUGCCACUGUAAAUUGUAAUAAAACUUGUGCUGUUCUUGUUGAUUAUGAUGAACUGAAAUGCUUUCUUAUGCUUGUACAAUGCAACGUUAACCCUCUUUGUUUUGUUAGUAAAAUUAUUUUCUAGAUGAUUUUCUUUAAACCAGUUUGAGUGUUGAGGCAGGUCCAUUGUAAUGUUGGUUUUCACAGGAGUGAUCAAACUAGAUUACUCAAAGGGGUUCUCUUUUGAAGUAAAGAAUAAUUUUGAAGCAUUUGCCCCCCUUUUCACCUGGGAAUAUCGUUUCAAAAUCGUCUUUGAAAAAGGGUUAAUAAAAAAAAGUUUUACUUC